AAACAGGAGGGACACGGACAUAACAAGCCUUAACCAUAGCAGCAGCGGUAUGGUCUCUUCAACUCGAUGAGGGCGUGAGGGAGGGUCAGUCGUUUUCGGCGCCGCAAUUCGCAAUGGCAUCCAUCAACAUUAAAAAAGCCAGAUUCACCCUGAGUAUGUCUCUGUAGGGGAUUCUCGAAUCAUGAUCACCAUCUGUCUCCUGCUCGUUGCCUUUUCACCUAAGCCCGUGAGCGGCUGUCCCUCGAACUGUUAUUGUGAUCCUUCUAUUAUGGUGUGUUCACGUGGGAAAGGUAUUCCGAGAGCUCCCCCAAACACCACAACAGUCGAAUUGCGUCGUAUGGAUAUUGGUUAUAUCACUAGAAACAUGAUGGCCAACCUACAGUACAGGAACCUCACAUCCCUCAAACUGUUAGACAAUGCCAUCAGCGGAAUAUCACCUGAUGCUUUUGAGGAUCUACACUUCCUCAAAGCACUGGAGUGGCAACAACCUCUUCUCCCUUUGCAAGACAUACUGUUAGCCUUAAACAAUAUGAAGAGUAAUCUAGAGGGUCUUAUAAUCAAAGGCAAUGGUGGACCAAUCAAAACGAUAGAUGCAGUGGUCUUUCAGCAUUUGACAUCCCUUCGAAAUCUCGCUUUAACUGUGGAGGAAUUAGAAGUGUUCAAUGGAACUGCCCUGUCACAGACCUACAACCUUUCUCAGUUGAAGUUAUCUGAAAAUAGGAUAAACUCAUUCAUUCUUGAAAGUCCUUUGCAAAAUCUGAUACAUCUAAAUCUAGACGGAAAUAAUCUUGUCGCAAUUCCUCCCUUAUGUGGAGACAGGGGUGUACCGUUAAUGCCUUUGUUGCGAAUGUUAAACUUACAGGACAAUGCCAUCCGACGUCUUGAUGUGACCUCUAUAAUAUGCCUGAAGAAGCUCAACAAGCUGAUACUUUCACAGAAUAGAAUUGAACAUUUGCCGGACAACGGUUUCUCAAAUCUACCAAAUCUUCAGAGUUUAAAUAUUGCUAAUCUGUGGGCUUUGAAAUCAGUGGGAUCUUUGGCGUUCAAUUCAACAAGCCUGUACAAGUUAUAUUAUGUUAACAACCCACCAUUUACAGGUGCUCGUGCUAUUCUAGAAAAUGCUUUCAAAUUCACACCAAAUCUCGGAAUGCUCCAAUUCAGUUUUACUAAACUAAACAUUGCUGGCAAGAGCUUGAAAUUGUUUCUGUUGAGCUUAAAAAAUCUUGAGUUUCUAACGAUGCAGUAUGCAGGACUUAAUGACCUACCAUCGGAUGUGUUCUCGACGUUGAAGAAAUUACGUGUGUUGAAUCUACUGGGGAAUAAGCUUUCAAACCUCACCAGUGGCGUUUUUGCGAACGUAACAAGCAUUCGCAAACUCACCUUGGCAAGCUGUAACAUCAAAAUCAUUAAGGAGGAUACCUUCCCUCUUGAGUUCCGGCUCAGUUUCAAGCAAAUCGAUCUCUCCGGCAACCCCUUCCUGUGUUCAUGUGACCUGCUGUGGUUCAGGACCUGGAUGAAAGAGGUCAUUGCCAAUGAAAGCAUCGUGUUUUCUAAUUAUCCAAGUAAUUAUGAGUGCACAUCAUCCAGCGGAAAGCGUCUUAGACUUGCUGAUUUUAACCCGACUGAAAAAUCGUGUACCACUGUAAAACUCUACACUGUUAUUCUAACCAUAGUGUUGUCUGUGUGUUUCAUGGUCACUGUCACAGCUCUGGUGGUUUAUCGGUAUCGCUGGUACCUCCGUUACUGGAUUUCUCUUCUACGCCGUCGGCGACAACGUCAACAUCAACGUCAAUCAGAGGACAUGAAAUAUGACGCCUUCGUCUCCUACAGCAACGAGGAUGGUGGCUGGGUUCACGGUCAGCUCCUGAAUUUCUUGGAGGAGGAAGUCGGUCUUCGACUUUGUGAACACACAAGAGAUUUCGUCCCUGGAAAAUUCAUCAUCGACAAUGUGAUUGAAGCUAUGGACACAAGCAGAAAGACCAUCCUGGUCAUCUCUAACGAAUACAUGCAGAGCGAUUGGUGCAAAUUUGAGCUCCAGUUGGCUCUGUACUCAUUCCUAAAAUGUGAAAUUGACAUUGUGGUGAUUCUACUUGACCAUAUCAAAACUUGCCAUGUAACAUCAGCACUGCGUGCCCUGAUGAUGUCCACCACUUUUAUUCGGUGGCACGAUGAGGCCGAGGCCAAAGAACUGUUUAAGGGGAGAGUAAGAAAUAUUCUAUGUGAAGGUGACAUUGUUGGCCGAGCCGGUGAAGGAAACCAUGCAGAUGAUGACUUACUGAUACCCUAAAAUCAGUGUACUAAAUCGUUAUUUUCUAGCAUCACGAUGAACUGUUCCUGACGUGAGCAAGAGAUCAACGUAUUUGGAGUGUUUCAUCAUAUAAUGGGUAGGUUUCUCGGCAGGAUAAAGCCAAUGGAUAAAAACGAUAUCCGUUGGGGUCAUAUGCGGAUAGAGAUGCAAAUAUCAAAGGUCAAGUUGGGACUACUUUCAGUGUUU